AUGUCGUCGUUUUUCACGGCUCCUGGCGCCCAGAAGAAGCGCAAGAGGAAUGUAUCAGCAGAGGUGCCAAAAAAGAGAAUCGCCGCAACCAAAAAGAACGGCCCCGGCCGCUCUACGACAGCCGCGCCAAAAAAGAAGCGACCAGAGCGGGAAGAGUCAAUUUCUGGCAGCGACUCGGACGACGACGAUGAUGAUGACUCUGACAUUCCCUCCGACAUGCAAGAAGACGUUAGCGAGGACGAAUCCGACGAGAGUGAAGAGGAGACCGCCGCCGAACGAAGACUUCGUCUAGCCGAGCGCUACCUGGAAAAUGUCAAGCAGCACGUGGACGAGGCCGGCUUUGAUGCUGCCGAUAUCGAUCGCGACAUGAUUGCCGAACGACUUCAAGAAGACAUUGCAGAGACCAAGGGAAGGGUAUACCGCCAAUUAGCCUCAGGGCUGGCACUUCAGCGGUCCUCACAAACACUGUUCCGAACAAAUACGCACGCAGUCACUUCCGUCGCUGCUUGUGCCCCAUACGUAUACACCGUAACAAAAGACACGUUCCUCCACCGAUGGAGAAUACAGGACCUACCCAAGGACCAGUACCCACAAACUACAAAGCGCAAAUCAAAGAAACCUGCCGCGCCGCCGCGAAGAAAACCCGAGCUCGAGACCUGGAUCAGGGGAAACACUGGCAAAGCCGGGCAAAGGCAAUACAAGAGACAUACCGGCCGCAUCCUAGCCGUCGCAGCCUCACCAGACGGCAAAUACGUCGUGACCGGCGGCGACGACAAGAAGAUGAUUGUCUACGAGGCCGCGACGCUCAAGCCGAUCAAGGUCCUCACCCACCACCGCGACGCCGUCACGGGCCUCGCAUUCCGAAGAGGAACGAACCAGCUCUACUCGUGCUCCAAAGAUAGAACGGUCAAGGUCUGGAGCCUGGACGAGAUGGCCUACGUCGAGACCCUGUUCGGCCACCAAGACGAGGUCAUCGACAUUGACGCGCUGGCGCAGGAGCGCUGUGUCAGCGUCGGCGCGCGCGAUCGCACCGCGCGACUGUGGAAGGUCAUGGAGGAGACGCAGCUCGUCUUCCGCGGCGGCGCCGUGGACAAGAAGGCUAAACACCCGGGCGUCGACAAGCGCUCGCUGCUGGCCGAAGGCACCAUGGACCGCGUUGCCAUGAUCGACGACGAGCUCUUCGUGACCGGCAGCGACAACGGCUCCAUAGCGCUCUGGAGCGUCGCCAAGAAGAAGCCCGUGUACAUCGAGCCGCUCGCGCACGGCGUCGACCCGCCGCUCGACCCGCACGCCGCCUCCGCCGAGAAGCAGCCGAGCGGCAAGGAGAUCCCCGCGCCGACGCCGCGCUGGAUCACCGCGCUCAAGACGAUACCCUACUCGGACGUCAUCCUCAGCGGCAGCUGGGACGGGCGCGUCAAGGCCUGGCGCCUCUCCGAGGACAAGCGCAAGAUUGAACUCGUGGGCUGCCUCGGCGCGCAAGACUCAGAAAGCGCAGCGGCGGAAGAAGAAGACGGUGACGACGACCGCAACGGCGCGUUCAAGCAGCUGCCGCAGCGCCCGAUCGAGGGCAUCAUCAACGGCAUCUCGGUGUUUGAGCGCGGCGAGCGCGGCCAGGACGGGCUGUGCGUCGUCGCGGCGGUCAGCAACGAGCACCGCCUCGGUCGGUGGAAGGUGCGCAAGGGGGCACGCAACGGCGGCGUCGUCUUCGAGGUGCCUCGCCUGCCAGGCGGCGAGGCGGAGGUGGAGGCGGAUGACCAGUCGGCGGAAGGCGAGAGCUCGGAGGAGUGA